CGUAUCUCUAUAAAUGAGCCCUAAGGAGUUUCUAAACGACAUUUCAAAGAAGCCAUCAACCAAACAACCUUCAACAAACACCACAAUAAAACUCAACAACCUCAUUAACAACCUACUUCCAAACUCAAACCAUGUCCACAACCCCACCACCUCCCCCCUCCCUUCCAAAUCCACCCCAAACCCCAAACCCAAAGCUCAACCCAACCAUCACCCUCCUCCCAAUCCUCCCCCAAGACCUCCCCUCCCUCGCCCAUCUCGAAUCCCUCGUCUUCAAACACGAUCCCUUCUCCAUAACCGCCUUCGGACCUCUCAAGGAUUCGGCGGAGAACCUUGCGCUUCGUGUGAGGGGGUUGGAGAGGUCUUGUCGUGUUAAUAAGGGAGAGGGUGGGAGGUGGGCGAGAGGUUGGAAGGCUGUUGUUGGGGAGGGGGAGGAGGUUGUUGGGUGGUGUGAGUGGAGUUUUGAUGGGGAGGGAGAUGGGGAUGGAGAGGGAAAGGGGGAUGGAGAAGGGGAUGGAGAGGAAGAGGAGGAGGAGAUAGGUUGGGGAAUCUCAGCCGAUAUCAAGUUCUGUGAAGAUGUUUUUGGGAAGGCUGAUGAGUGGAUGCGGGAAUGUACUCAUGAAAACCCCUACGCUAGUAUAUCUUCCCCUUCCUUCCCCUUCCUUCCCCUUCCUUCCCUUUCCUCCCCUUUCCUCCCAUUCCCUUCCUCUCAAUACUCACCCACCCAAACAGAACUCCACACCCUCAUCAUCCACCCCGCCUACCAACGCCUCGGCAUCGGCACCCGACUGCUCCAACAGGGACUCGAGGAAGUCGACAGACUGCACUUGCAAUGCGUCCUAGGGGCCAGUCCCGAGGGAAAGGGAUUGUAUGAGCGGUUUGGGUUCUCGGAGGUGAGGAGGAUGGAGAUUAAGCUUGAGGAGUAUGUUAAUGGGAGGGGAUUGGGGAUGGUGGGGCAU